AUGGCGGAAACACCAACUCCACAUACCGGCAUCGUUCCAAUUGCAUCCAUACAGAAUGUAAUCGAUUCCACCAGGAAUCUGCGUUUUUCUGGUGUAGUUACGAGUAUUAUUCUUGUAACAGCCAGUCUGCCAAUUACUAAAUUAUGUCUUGGCACUCUUUAUAAAAAGCAAUGUUCAGCACAAACACCAAUUCCCAUUUGGUUAGUCACAUCUGGAUUUCGUGGGUUGCUUUGCAUUUUUGUCAUACUUAGUAUAUUAGGUUUUGCUAUGCUAACAGAUCGUUAUUGCAGAAAAACAUCGUCCAGUUUAUUACUGUUCGUGGGCACAUUAGUUAUAGUCAUAUCUGCUUUCUUUAAUUUUUCAUGGUCAAUUGUGGGUAUUUACUGGUCGACAUCAAUUCGAUCCACAGUUCAACAUACCGAUCCAACACAAACUCAAACAUAUUGUCAUUCGACGCCCUAUACAUUCGUUAUGGCUGUUUCAUUAUUUCAAGCAAUAACUAUCUUGAUAUUUAUCGUGAUCUGUGUUAUCUAUAUUCGCCGAGCUCUACCAACCAUGAUUACAUAUUCGAAUAGUCAAGCAGUACAUCAAGCACAUAAACACUCGAAUUCGAUAGCAAGCGCAAGAUUAUGGAUAGUAGGUUUAGGACAAUUUGUAGUAACGAUCAAUGGAAAGUCGGUUUCCAAUGGUGUUCUGAAUCCAGGAUAUGUUGAUUGGAAUAAAACGCUCGAAUAUUCAACUUAUGAUGUAACGCCUGCUCUUCAAACUGGAGACAAUGUUUUAGGUGUAGUUUUGGAGAAAGUUGAAUUAUACGAAUGGAAGCAGCCAAACGAUUGUAUCAGACUCGAAUCGAGUUGGUAUGGUGGUGAAGAAUACGAUGCCCGGAAAGAAUUGCCCGGUUGGGAUACGCCAAGCUAUGAUCAUUCAACAUAG